AUGAGGGGCGCGUUGGACCCCACGCGCCAGGGUGGACGGAGGAGCCCGAGGUCAGACGGCGUCCGGCUUCGGGACGUCCCCCGCCUGAGCUGGCUUUGCACCGCCACCCUGGGCCCGCAGCGUCCCGGUGGCCGGGGUGGCGGUGCGGGCCGGCGCCGGGCGCUGGGGUCCCCGGUGGAGCAGCUGCUCACCCGCGAGGGCGUGGGCCACGACGAGGCGGGCAAGGCCAAGCGGCUGCUGCGGCGCGUGGCCUUGGUGGAGUGCGAGGACAGCCACGGGAACACGCCGCUGUCCGAGGCGGCCGCGGGCGGGCAGCCCUUGGCCAUCCAGCUGCUGGCGGAGCUCGGCGCCAGCCCCAACAGCAAGGGCGCCUUCGGCCGGUCCCCGUUGUACCGCGCGGCCUUCGGGGGCCAUCUGGAAGCCGUGGAGGUGCUUCUGAAGCUGGGCGCGGACCCGCGGGUGUACGCCGAGGACGGGAGCACCCCCGCGCAGAAGAAUAUCCACGGCAGCAUGACUAAUUGCUUUUUAUUUUUUCCUUUCUUUUGGGAAGGCAAGAAUGUUGUACAUCAGUUGUCUGUAACCCUGGAAGACUUAUAUAAUGGAGUGACAAAGAAAUUGGCAUUGCAGAAAAAUGUAAUCUGUGAGAAAUGUGAAGGCAUCGGCGGGAAGAAGGGGUCCGUGGAGAAAUGCCCGUUGUGUAAAGGGCGAGGGAUGCAGAUCCACAUCCAGCAGAUUGGGCCGGGCAUGGUCCAGCAGAUCCAGACGGUGUGCAUUGAGUGCAAGGGCCAGGGCGAGCGCAUCAACCCCAAGGACCGCUGCGAGACCUGCAGUGGUGCCAAGGUGACCCGCGAGAAGAAGAUCAUCGAGGUGCAUGUGGAGAAAGGUAUGAAAGAUGGGCAAAAGAUACUCUUUCAUGGCGAAGGGGAUCAGGAGCCCGAGCUGGAGCCUGGCGAUGUGAUAAUUGUGCUUGAUCAGAAGGAUCAUAGUGUCUUUCAGAGGCGAGGCCAUGACUUGAUCAUGAAAAUGAAAAUUCAGCUUUCUGAAGCUCUUUGUGGCUUCAAGAAGACGAUCAAAACACUGGAUGAUCGAGUCCUUAUUAUUACAUCUAAAUCAGGGGAGGUGAUGAAGCACGGGGACCUGAAAUGUGUCCGCAACGAAGGCAUGCCCAUCUACAAAGCCCCCCUGGAGCGGGGGGCCCUGAUCCUACAGUUCCUCGUGGUCUUCCCGGACAAGCAGUGGCUGUCUCUGGAGAAACUCCCUCAGCUGGAGGCACUGCUGCCGCCCCGGCAGAAGGUGCGGGUCACGGAGGACAUGGACCAGGUGGAGCUGAAGGAGUUCAACCCCAGCGAGCAGAACUGGCGGCAGCACCGCGAGGCCUACGAGGAGGACGACGACGGGCCGCGGGCGGGCGUCCAGUGCCAGACGGCCUGACGGCCGCGCUGCGUGAAUGUAACAUCGGCACAAUGAAAAUGGCAUGGCUUUCGUGGCCUCCUGUGUUGGGGUGUCCUGUGUAUGUGUUCAGCAUCCCCCCCCCAUUGCUGUGUCCUUUUUUUAGGGGGGUUCUUUUGUUUCUCUUCAUAGCUUGAUUUCUAUUUAAAUGUCUUAAUUACAAAUCACUUGUC